UGACUGAUGUGAGAGCAACAAGGUACAACAUCUUGAACGACGCGUCUCCCUCUAUGGUGCAAACAACUGCAGAGCUCCUCGCACUCGCCUCUACACCAUCAACGACCUCUCAGAAGGCCGAACAAAUCUAUAGAGAUGUACUUUCACGACGUGCAACUCCCAAUCUCUCUCCCGAAGCUCAGGCUCAGGUUCUUCGGGAGCAAGAGGCCGCGCUCUUGAGACUUGGCACUCUGUAUCGCGAUCAACAGAAUGCAGAAGGAGUGGCUGAAGUGAUCAAUCUUUCGCGGGGAUUCUUCUCUUCAAGUACCGCGAAAGCGAAGACCGCAAAAUUGAUCAGGACUCUGCUCGGUCACUUCUCGUCCAUCCCCAACAGCACAACGGUUCAAAUACGUGUCUUGGAGGAAAACAUCGCAUGGGCUAAAGAUGAGAAGCGAAUCUUCUUGAAACAUAGUCUGGAGACGCGGUUGGCAUCCAUACAUCUCGACCUGCAACAAUAUCGACCCGCGCUUUCUAUAAUUGAAAGUCUUCUGGCUGAACUCAGGCGGCUAGAUGACAAGCUCAUCUUGACGGAAGUCCAUCUGUUAGAGAGCAAAGUUUAUCGAGGAGUGGGCAAUAUGACCAAGGCCAAAGCGGGGCUCACCUCUGCGAGGACAUCUGCUGCAUCCAUCUAUACACCACCCGCCCUACAGUCCUCACUCGAUAUCCAGUCGGGUAUUCUGCACGCCGAGGACAAAGAUUACAAGACCGCCUACAGUUACUUCUUCGAGGCUUUCGAGUCACAGGCAACCGCUGCUUCUUUUGUGCCUACCUCCAAGCGUGACAGUGAGGGUGCCGAUGGGACCCUCCCUGUAGCUGCGGACACGGAGACUGACAUGGAGGGGAAGGGUGCUUUACAGGCUCUAAAAUAUAUGUUACUAUGCAAGGUCAUGCUCAAUCUGCCGGAAGAUGUCCUCUCGUUAUUGAGUAUCAAGCUUGCACUCAAGUAUGCCCAGCUGCGAGAAGUCGAGAGCAUGCGUGCGAUCGCUCGAGCUCAUCAAGACCGAAACCUCGCUGACUUUGAGAAAGCUCUGAGAGACUACAAAGACGAACUCUCUUCAGAUCCGACUAUCCGCUCGCAUCUUGCUGCGCUGUAUGAUACCUUGCUGGAGCAAAAUCUGUUACGCAUCAUCGAGCCAUAUUCUGUGGUAGAGCUGGAAUACGUGAGCCAGGUUGUUGGUCAGGGUCGGCAGGCGGUCGAGGCCAAACUUUCUCAGAUGAUUCUUGACAAAGUGCUGCACGGUGUGUUGGACCAAGGACGCGGCUGUCUAUUGAUUUUCGAUGCCACGGAAGAGGACUCAACUUAUACUACUGCCAUUGACACCCUGCAGGAAGUAGGCAAGGUUGUGGAAAGCCUAUACGCAAAGACCGUGAAAAUCGGUUGAUGCGUGUUACAUUUAAUAUUGCUGUAUACUUGCAUGAUCCGUACAUAAACAAAGUUCAGACAUGGGCACUCCUG